AUGGCACCAGCUGGAUGCCCUCGAGCCAAGAAGGGUAUCUUGGAGCGUCUGGACAGCAGGGAGAUUGUGGUUGGGGAUGGCAGCUUCCUCUUCACUCUGGAAAAGAGAGGCUUUGUGAAGGCGGGGCUUUGGACUCCAGAAGCGGUGGUAGAGCAUCCAAGUGCAGUUCGUCAGCUUCACACAGAAUUCUUGAGAGCAGGAGCUGAUGUCUUGCAGACAUUCACCUUUUCUGCCACUGAAGACAAUAUGGAAAGCAAGUGGGAAGCUGUGAAUGAAGCUGCCUGUGACCUGGCCCAGGAGGUAGCCGACAGAGGGGAUGCUUUGGUGGCAGGGGGCAUCUGUCAGACAUCACUCUACAAGUACCACAAGGAUGAAACUAGAAUUAAAAACAUUUUUCGACUACAGCUGGAAGUUUUUGUCAGGAAAAAUGUGGACUUCUUGAUUGCAGAGUAUUUUGAGCAUGUGGAAGAAGCUGUGUGGGCUGUGGAAGUCUUGAGAGAGGUCGGGGCACCUGUGGCUGUGACCAUGUGCAUCGGCCCAGAGGGGGACAUGCACAACGUGACUCCUGGAGAGUGUGCGGUGAAGCUGGUGCGUGCAGGGGCGAACAUCAUUGGGGUCAACUGCCGGUUUGGGCCCUGGACCAGCUUGCAGACCAUGAAGCUAAUGAAGGAGGGCCUCAGGGAUGCCGGCCUGCAAGCUCACCUUAUGGUCCAGUGCUUGGGUUUCCACACACCAGACUAUGGCAAGGGGGGGUUUGUGGAUCUCCCAGAAUACCCCUUCGGCCUGGAGCCAAGAGUUGCGACCAGAUGGGAUAUUCAAAAAUACGCCAGAGAGGCCUACAACCUGGGGGUCAGGUACAUUGGCGGCUGCUGCGGAUUUGAGCCCUACCACAUCAGGGCGAUUGCAGAGGAGCUGGCGCCAGAAAGGGGAUUUUUGCCACCAGCUUCAGAAAAACAUGGCAGCUGGGGAAGUGGCUUGGACAUGCACACCAAACCCUGGAUCAGGGCAAGGGCUAGACGGGAAUACUGGGAGAAUCUCCUGCCAGCCUCUGGAAGACCUUUCUGCCCUUCUCUAUCAAAGCCGGAUGCGUAA